AUGUCAGCAAGUACCUUCAACCUACCUAUUAUAGGACCACGCAAUCAAAAAUCAACGAUCACACAGAACGCCGAGCCCUCUAAUACUCCAGCCGCUGAGCUGACGAGGCUAGAGGUUCGGCUUGUUCAGAACCAUGAUAUUGUCACUGAUCCGAUCUUCCUUCCGGCGGCCAAAUGCAGAUCCAUACAGAGUCUCCUCCAGACCUUUGACAACAAACUGAUGAGGGUGAACAACCGCGCUUGGCACGAGAUGCACGGAUUAUACGCAGAAGACGCUCAGCCAUGGGUCCUCUGGGUCCAAAAGACGGCUGGAAAAGGCUCAGACCCAUUCGUCACAAUCAAUCCUAUCAACACUGGGUCAUACCUCGCGUGGUUCAAUCGUAACAUCACAUCAGGACAAAAUGUGAACUCAAGCGUAAAGAUUGAGAUUCACGGCACGCAGGAUCGCGUUGCCGCCGGCAUGACAGAAUACCUCGGGCGGAUUGAGGACCCGACCGAGGAGGAACUUGAGCAGGAGCGCUUCGAAGAGGAGGAAGAGGCGAAGAUACCAAUUCCUCGCCGGCCGCUUAGGCGGCUGGAGUUUAUCUUCGAGGAGAGCGACCUCCUGGCGAAGAAGAUCGACGAGCAAGGCAUGCGGUUACCACCGAUGACCGCUCGGGCCCGAAGAGACCGGUACAAGCCGAAGGGGAUGGAGUUCGCUCCAGCAUCAAUUCCCUGGUUCAAGGGAGAGACGGACACCGAGGCUAACCACGGGGCGGUGGUGGAGGAGGACGAUGAGGACGACGAAGACGAUGACUACGACGAGGAGGAUGUGGGAGCGUGGUAUGAGGGGUACUUCAACGAGAACGCGGUGGAGGAGGAGGAAGAAGAGGAAGAGGACGAGAACGAGGACGAGGAGGAGAGGGACGUGAAGGAGAAGGACGAGGAGGAUAAGGACGUGGACAUGGAGGAGGUGGUCGAGAAUGAGGAUGUGGAGGAAGACGGUGACGCGAUGGACAUCGAUGGCUGA